GUCAUGGGAGAACAGAAUCCGCUGUGUGUCAACGUGUCCACAACCAAUUCCACAACGGAGACCCUGAGCAGGUACGACAUGAUAAACUGGGUCAACGACUGCCUCCACACACAUUACACAAGGAUCGAGGAGCUCUGUUCAGGUGCCGCCUAUUGCCAAUUCAUGAACAUGAUGUUUCCAGGUUGCGUCAACUUGAGGAAAGUGAAGGUCAAAGCCAACCUGGAACACGAGUACAUUCAAAAUUUCAAGGUGUUGCAAGCCUCCUUCAAGAAAGUUGGUGUCGACAAGAACAUCCCCGUGGACCAGAUGAUCAAGGGCCGCUUUCAGGACAACUUUGAGUUUGUCCAGUGGUUCAAAAAGUUCUUCGACGCCAACUACGUCGGCCAGAAGUACGACCCCAUGGAGGCCCGGGGGAGUGCCAUCAUCUGGGACGGCACCCAGCCAGGGCCCUCUCGCACCGCCCACAACAACAAGGUGGCCGCCAGCAGGCUAGUGCACUCGACCAAGCCGACGACGAGAAAGGCGUCGGGCCUCGACUCCAAACACAUUGGCGCUGCCACCCAGAUAGCUGGCGGUGCUGCAGGGGGCGGCUCGCAGAAGUUGGAAGAUCUCACGAGUCAGGUUUCCAAGCUGAAGACCAAGGUGGACGGCCUGGAGAAAGAGCGGGACUUCUACUACGGCAAGCUGAGGGACAUUGAGGUCCUGUGCCAAGAGCGCGAGCAGAGGAACGGAAAGUCGGUGGGCACCGAGAAGAUCCUGGAGAUCCUCUAUGCCACGAAGGAGGGCUUCGCGGUUCCUGAGGAUUACGUCGAAGAGGGGGCGGCCGUGGUCGGUAAUGACCGGAACGACGAGGAGGAAUACUGA